GUUUUGUUGUCAUGCAGUCAUGUUUUUCAUAGGACUUGUCUUGAAGCAUUUGAAAAGUUUUCUGGGCGCAAAUCUUGUCCCAUGUGUAGAAAAGAACAGUACCAAAGAAGGAUUAUCCAUGAAGGUGCCAAGGAGUACAGAGAGAAAUGUGCAACAAAGAUACAGUCUGCCUGGCGUGGCUACAUUGUGCGGCAGUGGUACAAGAGGUUAAGGCAAACAGUGCCACCAAAAGACCCCAAACUUAGAAAGAAGUUUUACGAAAACAAGUUUCAAGAUAUCACCGACCGUCUCCUUCAAUCAAUGGAAGCUAGUAACCAGAGUGUUGAUAAUCUGUUGUUGGAGAUCGACCAAUCCAUAGCCGCUAGUCGUGACACGAUGAGACAAUUGAACGAAAACAGUGAAGACACAUCAACCGAGACAGACUGGGAUCAAGUCCAACUUCAAGCCGUUCAGAGAAGUGUCACUGACUGUCCGAUCUGUAUCAUGCCACUCACUGACCAAGGACUGUACCGGAAAAACCCUUCAUCACGGCCCACUGUUCUUCUGUCUUGUUCACACGUGUUCCAUGCCACAUGUCUGCAGGCUUUUGAAGAAUUUUCCUUUGAAAAACGCCGCGUGUGUCCUGUUUGUCGGUCUUCUUACCACAAGAAGAUAAUGUAGAGGCCAUACAAAGGAAACUCUUUAACACAGGAAGAUCAUAGACUCUAU